AUGGACUUCGAGUUCAACUCACGACUGCCCGACUCGGUUUACGGUGACGGGAGGGACGUGGCUGUGCCCCAGGCCCUGAAGAAGCGUGACGUCCAGUUCCCCUCCCAGGGCAACGGCAAGGGCUAUCUCGACAACAUGCUGGGCACCAUCGGCUUCGGCUCGCUCACCAUCACCAAGAAGCCCGAUAGCUCUUCCGCGCAGCUCAUGCAGCUCGCGGCCGACAAUGAGGGCCUCUACACCGAGGACUCCUGCCCGCCGGUGGUGUACCUGGUGCUGGAGAUUCCGCUGCUGCGGCUCGCCUCCGGGACUGAUAAGCUCUUCAUCACCAUCAUGCCCGCCAUCAUCACCGAGUGGCAUCUCUCCCUGCCUCGCUCGUCGAGGGAAGACGACGUGAGAGAGAAGAUCUCAUUCAAGUACGGAGGCAUGACGUACACGUACGGCACGGGCGACGACGACCUGGGUCUGCUGAACGCCGGCCGAACGGAGGCCUCGUGCAACCUGGACGUGUUCUGCAACGUGUACCCGUGCGUGUGCGCCGAGGGGUCGAAGAGGAAGCGCGCCGCCCUCAACAACUGGUUCGAGGUGCUCGAGUGCAACGACGGCGUGAACAUCUUCGACCCGCAGUACGACCCGCCCACGCUCGGCGACGCCUUCCUCAACAACACCGUCAACGGCGGCGACACCCUCACCGGCAACUACCUGAACGGCAUCUGGAAAUAA